CACUUUUCGGGCGGGUACUUCAAAAAUCAGUCGCGAACUUUUAUUCUCCCAAGUCCCUUCGACGUUCAGCCGACGAUUUCGAGCAUCCGACAACCACCCUUUUCGGAAUCACCUCUCCAACCAACCAUCAAAAUGGCUGCUGAAUCCAAGACCGGCCUCGCCGUUGGCCUCAAGAAGGGUCACAAGACCACUGCUCGUGUCUCCAAGCCCCGUGUUUCCCGCACCAAGGGUCACCUGAGCAAGCGCACUGCUUUCGUUCGCAGCAUCGUCCAGGAGGUUGCUGGCCUUGCUCCCUACGAGCGCCGCGUCAUUGAGUUGCUCCGCAACUCCAAGGACAAGCGUGCCCGUAAGCUCGCCAAGAAGAGGCUCGGUACCUUCGGCCGUGCUAAGGCGAAGGUUGAGGACCUCCAGCGUGUCAUCGCUGAGGCUCGCCGUGCCGGUCACUAAAUUGGUUAAUCCCAAUCGAUGGACUGCUUGGAGAGUGUGAUUAAAAAUACCAAAAAGGAUUUCUGCCUCUUGUCUUUUCUCUGGCAUUGUUCGGCGUGACGUUGGUUCGUUAUGUUAUGGAUCCUAUCUAAGCGCGCUUUCCCCCUAUGGAAUGGCUACGAAAUAGCUGGUCUCGGGGAAUAGAAACGAAAUGACAACAGCUUGAAUGGCAAGAUGCUUGAUCACGAACAAACUACUUCCCAUUUUCGGACUGUGUGACUUCACAUUUGUCAACGUUAACCCUGCUGGGUGCCAUGAUUGUAGGAUAUUGGAUGCCCACUGCACUUUGUCAGGGUUUUGCUGCCAAAUUCGACGGUGCAUAGAGAAGCUCUGGCAUAUUAUCUAGUGUACCAUCCAAUCAUUUUCUUGUACAUUUACCUCUCAGCCAACGCCCAACGAUACCGAUGAUGGCCACCAAAAAGUUUCUAUGAAUUGGAAGCAUACAAUGAAGGUGUCAUCCAACUCAAGGUUGUCGGGAGCUGCUCAUUUCCUACCAGGCAGCUUGAACAAUUUUCCCAACUUCUUCUUGACAGCAUCGGAAUCCAGACCAUGAUCACCCUUUCGCUUCACCUCUUGG